UCCAAAAAAGCAAAUGGGCUGCCUCCUUUGAGGGUCUCGCUUUGCGCGAGGUGCUCGCCCCGUAUCUGCCAUGCAAAACGAGGGAGCUUUAUGAAGGAAUCCGUCUUGUAAAGCCAUUGGUCCUGGUCAUCAGCCUCUACCCAAUGCUUUCGUGAUGCUGCCGCUGAUCUAUUUGGGAAGUUGGCUGGCUGGCGAGGCAGAGCCUCUCCUCAAAGCCUGGCUCCCACGGAAAAUAUGCUCAGUGCAGCCUCGUGCAUGAAUGAAAACGCCGCCGGGCUCUUCUAGUCGGGCAAAAUGCAGCCGAGAACUCCGCUUGCCUUGUGUAUUCUCCUGUCCCAGGUGCUGCUGCUAACAUCUGCAGAAGAUUUGGACUGCACUCCUGGAUUUCAGCAGAAACUGUUCCACAUCAAUCAGCCAGUGGAAUUCAUCGAGGACCAGGCGAUUCUGAACUUGAACUUCAGUGACUGCAAGGGAAAUGACAAGCUACACUACGAGGUCUCAAGCCCAUACUUCAAGGUGAACAAUGAAGGUGGCUUAGUCGCCCUGAGGAACAUAACUGCAGUGGGCAAGACUCUUUUCGUCCAUGCCCGGACUCCCCAUGCGGAAGACAUGGCGGAACUCGUGAUUGUCGGGGGGAAAGACAUCCAGGGCUCCUUGCAGGAUAUAUUUAAAUUUGCAAGAACGUCUCCUGUCCCAAGACAAAAGAGGUCCAUUGUGGUAUCUCCCAUUUUAAUUCCAGAGAAUCAGAGACAACCUUUCCCAAGAGAUGUUGGCAAGGUAGUCGAUAGUGACAGACCGGAAGGGUCCAAGUUCCGGCUCACUGGAAAGGGAGUGGAUCAAGAGCCUAAAGGGAUUUUCAGAAUCAAUGAGAACACGGGCAGUGUCUCCGUGACACGGACCUUGGACAGAGAAGCGAUUGCUACUUAUCAGCUAUUUGUGGAGACCAUUGAUGUUAACGGCAGAACUCUUGAGGGGCCAGUCCCUCUGGAAGUCAUUGUGAUUGAUCAGAACGACAAUAGACCAAGCUUUCGAGAGGGCCCCUAUGUUGGCCAUGUCAUGGAAGGAUCGCCUACAGGGACCACGGUGAUGCGGAUGACAGCCUUCGACGCGGACGACCCGGCCACAGAUAACGCCCUCCUGCGGUAUAAUAUCCGCCAGCAGACGCCUGACAAGCCGUCUCCCAACAUGUUCUACAUCGAUCCUGAAAAAGGAGACAUCGUCACCGUGGUGUCACCAGCACUGCUGGACCGGGAGACUAUGGAAAAUCCCAAGUAUGAGUUGAUCAUCGAGGCUCAAGAUAUGGUUGGACAGCUUUAUGGAUUACUAGGCACAGCCACAGCGACAAUCCUGAUUGAUGACAAAAAUGACCACUCACCAGAAUUCACCAAGAAAGAGUUUCAAGCCACAGUUGAGGAAGGAGCCGUGGGAGUUAUUGUCAACUUGACAGUUGAAGACAAGGAUGACCCCACCACGGGCGCGUGGAGGGCUGCCUACACCAUCAUCAAUGGAAACCCUGGCCAGAGCUUUGAAAUCCACACCAACCCCCAGAACAACGAGGGGAUGCUUUCCGUCGUCAAGCCUCUGGACUAUGAGAUUUCUGCCUUUCACACUCUGCUGAUCAAAGUGGAAAACGAGGACCCGCUGGUACCCGACGUGACCUACGGCCCCAGCUCCACAGCCACCGUCCACAUUACUGUCCUGGAUGUCAACGAGGGCCCGGUUUUCUACCCCGACCCCAUGAUGGUGACCAGGCAGGAGAACAUCUCUGUGGGCAGCGUGCUGCUGACGGUGAACGCCACGGACCCCGAUUCCCUGCAGCAUCAAACCAUCAGGUAUUCUGUCUACAAGGAUCCAGCAGGCUGGCUGAACAUUAACCCCAUCAACGGGACUGUGGACACCACCGCCGUGCUGGACCGCGAGUCCCCAUUCGUCCACAACAGCGUCUACACUGCCCUCUUCCUGGCCAUCGACAGUGGCGACCCGCCUGCCACCGGCACUGGGACUUUGCUGAUCACCCUGGAGGACGUGAACGACAACGCUCCCUUCAUCUACCCCACAGCGGCCGAAGUCUGCGAUGAUGCCAAAAACCUCAGUGUAGUCAUCUUGGGAGCAUCAGACAAGGAUCUGCACCCAAAUACAGAUCCUUUCAAAUUUGAAAUCUAUAAGCAAGCUGUUCCUGAUAAAGUCUGGAAGGUCUCCAAGAUCAACAACACGCAUGCCCUGGUAAGCCUUCUUCAAAACCUGAACAAAGCCAACUACCAGCUGCCCAUCAUGGUGACAGAUUCAGGGAAACCACCCAUGACGAACGUCACAGACCUCAGGGUACAAGUGUGUUCCUGCAAGAAUUCCAAAGUGGACUGCAACGCCGCGGGGGCCCUGCACUUCAGCCUGACCUCAGUCCUGCUCAUCUCCCUCUUCAGUUUAGUUUGUCUGUGAGAACUCCUGACGUCUGACGCUUGACUACCAAGUUUCCAUAGCAACAGGAAAAAAAAUCCAAAUCGGAAGAUUGCCGUUUACAGCUUUCGAACUUCACAACUAGGCCUCAAUUGCUCCAGAUUUUCCUUUUCUUUGCCAUUUCACUUAGUCUGUACUUCACCAUUUUGACCGCAUCUUCCUUUCUCCUUUGAUUAAUGGGAUUCUCUGAAUUUCCCCUGAGUGUUUCAAGAUCAUGGCAUUUCACGUGCCCUCCGGGAGCAGGAACAAUGACUACUUUUUCUGAUGUGUUGCCACAUUGCUAGUCAGCAGUCCACACCUCCAGCUGUGUCUGUGGGUUAGUAUCUGUAUAUGUAUGAGUAUCUGUGCGUGUACAUAUCAGUAUUUAUAGAGCGAGAUGAGAUAGGACAGCCCAGUUUUGGUGUGUCAUUCUCCCUUGAGAGGCCAAACAAAAAGGGAUGGAGGCCGGCAGCUGACCCUCCAUCCCCCCCGCCACCCCUGCAUCAGGACCUCAGCAGCAAGCUGGGCAUUAGCGCAGACCAGAGCUGAUGCUUCCCCACCGUCCCAUUCGAUCUGGAUGCUGCCACGACCAGCAGGCAGGUCAGGAGAGAGAGAGAGAGAGAGAGAGACACCUUUCUCUUCACCUGAGGGCUACACCCAGUUUUCACUGCCAUCAUAUGCCGAGAUCCUGAGCAAAAGUGGUGGGGAGCAGAGCAGGAAAUGUUACCAUCAAAUGCCGAGCAAAGGGCUGAAAUAUUCGUCCCUGGGCACCUGUCUGCAUUUGUACGUGUCCUAAAUCCACAGUCCCCCUCUGGACGUAGUUCUUAUGGGGACACGGAUCAUGGCAGAGAACCCCUCCCUCCUUGGUACAUUUGCGAUUGCAAGUGUCAUCCUGGAGGUCACACGUGCAUAUGAAGAGGCUGACAGAUACCACGUGUAUACAUAUACUAGUAUAUGCCCACAUGUAUAGACAUACACUUACGCGCAUACACGCCGUUUGUUUCAUAUACCUGCAUAAAAUAGAGUAAAUACAGGUAGUUUUAAAAGUACCCUUUUGUGUGAAUCGACUACAGUUGUUUGCAAACCUACAAAUAAAAGACGUUCGUUAUGUUUGAAACGUAAUUGAUUUUGAUUCUGUGAGCAUGUCAGCGUAAGAGGAAAGUUAGUGCUUGUACUAAGAUUAUCUUCUUGUCGAUAAACUGUAAAUGAACCAUCCAAGCUCACACCAAAUUUUUCUAUCAGAUAAAACUAGUGACAGCCCGUGGCUUUUUACUAGAGCUCGCCACAAACUAGGGUCAGUGUCUUAGCACAUUUUAAUGCAGUUGCUCACUGAAGGUUUUAACCACACACGCACACACGCUUUCUUAUGCAGUCUCUGUUGGCAUCUGUGCUUUUCCGUUCGCCUUCUGUAGGAAGUAGAAGUCAUAUGUUGUCUUUACUGUAGUAAAAUUAUACAGAUAGAGUUCCAUAUAUUGUAUUUGUUUCAACAGUAAAUCUUUUGGAGCAUAUAGAAUGCAGAGAUUUUUUUUUUCUCCAUUGAAAUAAAUGGGUAUUGGUGGUUAAAACUGCUGGACAA